ACGAGGAGAGGUAUCGUGACUGGUGCCCUUAAACAUCGAGUAACGUGCGCGCGAGUUGGUCAUAGUUGAUUGGUUUUUGGAUUUAUUUUCACUUGUUUUUCACUCUGAAUUCUGAUCCUAAGUGGCAAUUUUGACUUUCUUUUUUUACCACCACUGGUUAUCUCGAAAAAGAUUCGACAUAAAACAAGGAUUUUUUAAGGUUACCCAAUAGCAGAUGAAAGAGAAUACAGUGACAAUUCAAGAAAAUUUUGAACAAACAUCAUGAAAAGUGAAUCUGUUAUAAUAUUGAUAAUCUGUUGCCUCGCAGUAAGGUCUGUGGAAUAUAAUGACACAUCUCCAGAUGUUUCUGGGGUUUUAUUUUCAACAGUGGAUGAUGGCUCAGAACAGGAGCUUUCUGCACAACUUGAGCGGGUCAAUGAUAUUUCAGAAGGAUGGUCUGGGUGGUCACGAUGGACUCCCUGUUCUAGAUCCUGCGAUGGCGGCAUUUCUCGACAGCUUAGAACUUGUACAGUAGACAAGUGUCGAGGAAAACAUGUGCAGUACAGAAUUUGUAAUACACAGGCGUGUCCUGACCCCCAUGAUUUUCGAGAAGAUCAAUGCGCUACCUACAACAACAUACCACUAAACGGAAUCCUAUAUGAAUGGGUGCCUCAUUAUAUGGACAACUAUCCUUGCGCUUUAAUUUGUAAAGGUAGACCAAUCGAUUUAGAUGAAUCUAAUGAGGACUUCGUUGCGGUGGUAGAAAAUUUUUCGAAUAAAGUUCUUGAUGGUACUAGGUGUAGACCUGGAAGCUUGGAUGUAUGUAUCGGAGGCGAUUGUCAGCAAGUGGGUUGUGAUUUACAGAUUGGUUCAGAAAAACAAGUCGAUGAAUGUGGAGUAUGUGGCGGAGAUGGUUCGACGUGUUCCAGGUCACUAUAUCACUGGAUCCUUGUUCAUACUUCAUUGUGCUCUGCUACUUGUGGGGGAGGAUACAAAGUGUCAUAUCCUAAAUGCCAAAAUAGGGACACGGGAGACGAAGUCGAGGAGAAGUUGUGCAAUGAAUCGCAGAAGCCCGAUAGGACCAUCGUUGAAUGUAACACUCAGAACUGUCCACCAAAAUGGCAUACCAAUAAAUGGGGACCUUGCUCAGUUAGUUGUGGUCGUGGAAUCAGACAUCGACAAGUACAAUGUGUUGUUCAAGAAACUAAUAAUACAAAAUUGAUAGUAGAUGACACCAAAUGUGAAGGACCUAAGCCAUGGUUCCAGGAGGACUGCAAUGAAUACGAUUGUCCGACUUGGGUAACAACCACAUGGUCAGGGUGCUCCGUUUCUUGUGGAGAAGGAACUCAAGUGAGAAAUGUAGAGUGCAGAGAUAAGGAUGGCCGAUAUUCUGAACUCUGUUUGUUCAACAUUAAGCCUAUCAGUACAAAACUUUGUUCUACCGGCAUCCAGUGUCCGACAAAUGUCAAAACUAGUGAAGAACUUCUUCCAGGAUUGUAUCAUAUAAAUAAUUUAGUACAAUUGUACCCACCAGCUCCAAUUCCAGAAAGAUUAAUUGGAGAUCAGAUAGUACCUUCCGAGAGCACAUUCAUAUCAGAUGAAUGGGGCCCCUGUACUGUAACUUGCGGGGAAGGUGUUCGGCGGCGAGAAGUACACUGUAAAAUAUUCCUAGAAUAUUCUAGGACGAUAGCCAAACUUCCAGAUAAGCAAUGUUCUGGACCAAAACCUAUAGAAACACAAUCAUGUUAUAAGGAACCAUGUGUGUCAGAAAAAAUUGGAAUUGAUAUUAAAGAUGAUCCAUAUAGUAGGGCAGAUAUCAAAAUUGCGCCAGGGGUACCAGGUAAAUCAUAUUCUUGGAAAGAGCAGGGCUAUACACAAUGCAGUGCCACUUGUUUGGGAGGGAUACAAGAACUUAUAGUGAAUUGCGUAAGAGAUGAUACUCAGAAAUUAACAUCGCCUUAUAUGUGCCCUAUAGAAUUAAAACCUGAAAUUAGAAUACAAACCUGUAAUGACCAUCCUUGUCCCCCUAGGUGGAAUUAUUCCAAUUUCUCACAAUGCUCACAAAGCUGUGGCAUAGGUAUUCAAACUAGGGAAGUUAAUUGUAUUCACGAAGUUACUCAAGGUGGAGGAAACACUGUAAUAGUUCCUAAUAAUAUGUGUCCUCAACCACCACCUCCAGAUAGGCAAUACUGUAAUGUACUUGAUUGUCCAGUAAAGUGGAAAAUAGGAGAAUGGUCUAGGUGCUCCACAAGCUGUGGAGGAGGAAGCAAAACGAGAAAAGUUGAAUGUAAGCAGGUAAUGGCACAGAAUCAUACUGUAGAUAGACCACCUUCUAUGUGUUCAAUACCAAAACCUGCAGAAUUUAAACCUUGUAAUACCAAAAGUUGCAUAGUGGAAAGUGAUAAACCCCAUAUUGAUGUUUCAAACAGCACAUUCAUUCAGCACGAUCCAAAAAAGAAGAAGAUAUCAUUGAAAGUCGGUGGGGCAGCUACAGUAUUCUCUGGAACCACUAUCAAAAUAAAAUGCCCUGUUAAAAGAUUUGACAGAACAAAAAUAGAAUGGAUGAAAGACAAAAGCUUGAUCCCAAGAAAUAGGAAAUAUAAGACUUCUAAAAAAGGUGCUUUAAGAGUUACUAAUCUGACUCUGAGAGACAGCGGAAUGUACACCUGUAUGGCUGCUAAGUCAGUAGCGAAUAUUCAUAUUUCGGUCAGACCAAAGCCCGGCGAAUUCCCUACAUCUGAAGAAAUUCAGAAACAAGGUUUAAAAACCGAAAAGGUGGAGUUAGCUUCUGAUGUUCACGAGAAAAAAGAAGAGGAAACUCCCAUUUUCAGCGAUGACCAUUCUCACGAACAACGACCAGAUAGAUCAAGGAAGAAUCCCAGCUCGAAGUUGUUUACGCCAACAUUACCUUCACUUCGACUGGAUCCUAAUUAUAACGAACAGUUACAGAGUUCUUUGAAUAGAAGCGGAGAAAAAGAUCCAUCUCCACAUUUACCUUCAAGUACAUCACAGCUCUACGUCCCAGAUGAACAUACAGAUUUGGCAAGCUCCGCCUCUAGAGUUUUGCCGAAUUUCCAAAAGCUAAUAUUCAAUUUACAGUUAUUAUGGCCUUUCCAGGCAUUUAGCAAUUCUAGAGGUCACAGGAUGAUCGACUUCCCCAGUAACAAGAAUAACGAAAACAGAGUUCCAUUUUUGAAUGAAGAUUCUGAAGAGAGUGAUUACGACACAAAAACCGAGAAAUUUCUUGAAAGCAGCGAUGGGGAUAAUAUCGUAGUUCUAGGCAAAGGAAAGAAAGAGAAUCUUAAAUUUGAAUGGACAUCAGGACCAUGGUCGAGGUGUUCAGAAACUUGUGGUGGAAACGGUAUUCAACGCAGAGAAGUCAGUUGUAUUGUAAAGUUGUAUAAUGCCAGUCAACCUGUUGAUAAUAUUCUCUGUGACGAGACAGGAGUAAAAUCCCCAUUUUCCAUUAGAAAAUGUGGUUUUGAUAGGUGUCCUGAGUGGACAGUGCAUGAGUGGAGCUCUUGUGAAAACUCAAAAUGUUUCAAGUGGCAUAAAGCACUACAGAGACGAAUUGUAUCAUGUGAAAUAUCAAGCAACAUAACUUUGGAUCCGGUUAUAUGCGAUGCAGAUAAUAAACCAAGUGAUGAACAGGAAUGCGUUAACAAGAAAUGCGUUGGAAAAUGGAAAAUAGGACGCUGGUCUGAUAGUUCUUAAGAAUUUGUAGACAAAACCUUGUAAAAACUAAAAACAAAAAUAAAAAUAACUAUAUGAAGAUACAACUGAAAUAAAAUUUCAAUAAACCGAAGAAAACCGCAAUGAGUAACAGAAUUAUAAGCAAUGGUAAUUGGUAAUAAUUAGUAUAUAAAGACAUAGCAAAAUUAAACCAGUAUAUAGCAUGUCCGAAGUAGUUUACAGAGUAGAAGGCACUUUCCAGUAAAUAUGCCCUCAAAUUAUGCGAGAAAACAUGAUAUCGGUUUAAUUUCAAUUUGCAGGUGGUUGUGUAUUUUUUUCUAUUAUAAAAUAUUGAGCCCUUAACUAAUUCAGAAUGUAGAGUGGGUAGGUGAAGGGUGUGCUCCGCAUUCCUAAGUGGAUAGCCGUGCAACGAUAUUAUGAAAUUGGAGAAGUGUGCUUACAAAUAGGCAAGCGGAUUCAAAGAUGAAUAAUAAAGGAAGGGUCAGAAUUUUUAAUCUUUUAAAGAAGUCCCUGCAAUGAGCACUGCUGUUUAGUCCGAAUGAAUAUCUAAUAGCUCUUUUGUAGCUUAGGUUCGCUCCAAUUGAGUGGCACCACACGUAUCCCACUAGGAAGGACAUAUCGGAGAUGCGAGUCAAUCAGGGGAUAAUAAACUUGUAAGGAGGUGGAUGAGUUCAGUUCUCUGGGAACUGAUUCUAGUGAUUAGGUCACUAGAUAUAAUGCCGUGAGAUCAGGGUUGCUUCAACAGAAACUAGUAUCGUCUGAAGAUAAACAUAUUUUACCACUUUGUCUAUAAAAACGGAGGCAUCGUUGUACAACCCUUAAAAGCUGACUUCUGUUGAAAAGGUAUGACUCAAGCCAUGCGAGAAUUGUUCCCCUAAAACCGUCAUACUAAAAUUUGUUAAUUAAAAUAUCAAUCAACACGAUCGAAAGCCUUAGAAAGAUCACAAAAAGUUGUUGCAGUUAAGUGAUAAUUGUUUAGGCUGGAAAAGACUUUAUUUAUGAGGGAGAAAAUAGCAUGAUUUGUGCAUUUGUUACUUGAAAAUUUAAAUUGGUGAGUAUUUUACAUUUACAGAAAUGAUAAAAGCCUCUUUCCGACCAAUCUUUCUAUAACCUUGGACAACGUGGGAAGGAGUGCAAUUAGGUGAUGAUUCGAUGCUUGAUUUUUAUCUUCUCCUUUAUACAGAGGUAUAAUUCCAGUCGUCCUAAGGCAAUUGGGAAAAGUUCCAUUUUGAAAUGAAACGUCAAUUAAAAUGAUAAGGUGAUUUAAUGUGCAAUCGGGUACACUCGAAAACACUUUUUAUGUGAGUCCAUCAAUUCCGAUGAGUAUUUAUUUUUGAUGUAAUCAAUUGUACUGCGAAGCUUCGCUGAAACUACGGGCAUAAAGAAGAAACCAUAUUUCUUUAGAAACAUCACGAAAAUUGGCAUUUCUCCUAUCAUAAUAAAUAUACUUGACAGAUUUAUUGUCUUAUGAAUAAUCUUUCUAUGUUGUUUCAUGUAAUUUUUGAAAAAGAAACUAUCCUAUAAUUUCUUUAGGUGAGAUAAAGAUCUUGGAUCUCGCGGCAUUAGGUUUAGUUGCUUUAGAGGUGAGUUGGUAGUGUCUAUUUUGGUACCAGGCGGCCACAUACUCAUAUCCUUGAGCUGCUUCAAGUGAAUUUUCUUCUGUACUUUUGAAAUCGGAGUUCUUAUUUUUACAUGUACGAGGAUGUAUUGACAUCCAGUUAGCCUAGACCAGUUCCAUGCAUAAACAAAAUAUUGCGUUACCAUAGCAACGAGCAAUAAAUUAUUAGAAGUGUAAGUGUAAAGCUUGACACAUCAAAAACGUGAACCAGAGUUACGCAAUAAAUUGAAAGGAAAAAGAUGUCCACCGAAUUUGUUAGAAUUGAAAAAUUCGAGCCAUCAUCAAGUACCUGUAUUUAAAAGGGUUAAGAGGUAAGUAGAUUCACGAAGAUAAGCUUAAUACCCUUGUUGAUCAAUGUCCUUCGUAUGUGACCGUGGAAAAUUGGACUGCAAGCUUCAAAAAAGGUAAAUUUUCCAUUGAACAUGAUGACUGAUCGAGAAAACCAGUUUCUGUGUUAGUUCCCGAAAAAUCUCGAUGCAGUUCAUGAAAUAAUUUUAUCAGACCGUCGAAUUGGACUCAAACGGAUAUCUGAAGCAGUGAAUAUUUCAUACGAACGCGUUCAUCAUAUAGUUCACGUCAAUUUGAACAUAAUAAGAAAAAUUGCUGCAAAAUGGAUUCCCAAUCAAUAAUUCA